ACUCCGGCGCUCGCCAUGGUGGACGAAAAGCCCAAGGAAGGAGUCAAGAGUGAGAACAACGAUCAUAUUAAUUUGAAGGUGGCGGGGCAGGAUGGUUCUGUGGUGCAGUUUAAGAUUAAGAGGCAUACACCACUUAGUAAACUAAUGAAAGCCUAUUGUGAACGACAGGGUUUGUCAAUGAGGCAGAUCAGAUUCCGAUUUGAUGGGCAGCCAAUCAAUGAAUCAGACACACCUGCACAGAUGGUAAUGGAGGACGAAGAUACGAUUGAUGGGCGGUGUCUACUGAAAAGGGAACCGGCUGCUUUACUCCAGAACUCUGACCUUACAGACCAAGAACACAUUCUCAACCUGAAAACUGCGAUUGGUUCCAUCACAUCCUGA